AUGCACCACAGAGUCAAAUUCACUAGACUCGUUUCCCGACAAGUUGUUCACGAAGAUGAUUGUAUCGAAACCAGCGCCAACACUGUUCAGAUCCGUCACCGCGAACAACUCUCCGAGGGCGGUGGAAACGCAGAAAAGGAGACAGAAAUCAAGUUGAUGCAUUUUGCGAGGGUACAGACUACCACUCUAGUGCCCAAAGGAAGCCUCAAUGAAUGCCAACAGUUGCACCGUGAACAGUCUGUCCUGCAUUUCAGAAGUGUCCUCACGAUUUGUCCUCUGCGAACAGGUGAACUGGGGACAGGUAAGUUAUUGUGUAAACAAGCUUCAGUCCAACAGGCAGGACGACAGUUUAUGUGGGUUUGUGGCGCAAGAGUGAGGUGUUUGCGGCACCGUUUCAAAACAGCGUGA